AUGUCGAGAAGGGCCUUCGCCUCCUGGCUGCGCUCCGGCGCACUCUCAGUACCCUCGACGCGAGUUGCCUCAGCUGCCCGUCAGGCUCAACGCCCUUCUCCCACCUCGCAAUGGCGCCGCUUUGCCUCCAACACCACGCAGCGCCAACGACUGAUUCUUCUAACCGCCGGCGCGGGCUUCUUGACGACCGCUGUCCUUCUGGGCCUCAACCCGUUCCCGAGACUAACCCUACUAUCCCAGAACACAGUAGAACAGCGCCCCGAGUCGACGACAGCCAUAUGCCACCCCCCCCGCAAUGCCGCCUCUCUGAAGUCAAACUCCAUGACGGCACCUCGGAGCGCCCCUGGAUCCAUCCACCGCCAGCAGAUCGAUAGCGUCCUCGCCAUCCUCGAGGGGUACAAGAUCGGCGAGGUCGACGCGGCCGACCUGUCGCUCCUCUUCUCCCGGGGCGGCGUCGACGACCCCUUCGCCCAAGACCCGCCUCGUGACCCCCGGCUCCGGACCCUCACCGAGCGCCCGCGCAACGCAGAAACGCCAGCCGAGGGGCUAGGCACCUUCGUCACGCCCUUGGAGCUGUUCUACGUGAGGAACCACAUGUGGGUUCCCGUCGUGGGCGAGGACGACGCGGAUGCACACGCCGUGACGAUCGAGACGCCGGACGGAGAGGAGCGGGUGUACACACUCCGAGAGCUGCAGACGCGGUUCGCCACGCACAAAGUCACGGCGACGCUGCAGUUGGGCGGCGGCGCCAUCUCAACGGCGGAGUGGGAGGGCGUACUCCUCCGUGACGUGCUCGCCGACGCCACAUGCAACGAGAUGAACAUCGCCAACAUGCCGUCGUCGGUGAAACACGUCCAUCUGGUUGGACUGGAGGCCUACGCCGCGAGCAUUCCCAUUGCCAAGGCGCUCGACCCGCUCGGCGAUGUGCUUCUCGCGUUCCGCAUGAACGGCGAACCCCUGCCGCGGGACCACGGCUACCCGCUGCGCGCCGUGGUCCCGGGGAACGUGGCGGCGCGGAGCGUCAAAUGGCUGCGACGCAUUGCGCUAUCAGACGAGGAGUCGCCCUCGCAGUGGCAGCGUCGGGACUAUAAGGCCUUCUGCCCGGGAGAGGGGCCGGAGCCGGACUGGGACUCGGCGCCGGCGACACAGGAGAUGCCGGUCACGUCAGCGAUCACCGCCGCGGGUGUAGAGAGCCCAGGGGGUGCGACGGGCCGAGAGGGGCGGGUUAAGGCUGAGGGGUACGCAUACUCCGGUGGCGGGAGGGAGGUUGUGAGGGUGGACGUGAGCACUGACGGCGGCCGAACGUGGAAGGCAGCGGAGCUGAUAGCAGACAAGGGCGUCGGGAAGAAGGCGUGGUGUUGGAAGCGGUGGCGGUACGAAGGCCCGGUUGCAGACGAGGGCAAGGUGGAGGAGGACGGGGUGCGGUUGGUGGUGAAGGCGACAGACGAAGCGUAUAAUACCCAGCCGGAGAGCCACGAGAGCAUCUACAAUGUGAGGGGAAACCUAGCCACGGCGUGGCACCGCGUCCACGUCGCCGCGGACGAGACACAGUCAAGUUGGAGGAGAGGAAGGGCCACAUAUCCUCACCUAGGUAGGCGGUAG